AGAUGCCUGAGCCAGCAAAAUCUGCUCCCGCUCCCAAGAAGGGCUCUAAAAAAGCUGUGACUAAGACUCAGAAGAAGGGAGAUAAAAAGCGCAGAAAGACUAGGAAGGAGAGUUAUUCCAUCUACGUGUACAAAGUGCUGAAACAAGUUCACCCGGACACCGGUAUCUCCUCUAAGGCCAUGGGGAUCAUGAACUCCUUUGUGAACGACAUCUUCGAGCGCAUCGCUGGGGAAGCGUCUCGCCUGGCUCAUUACAACAAGCGUUCAACCAUCACUUCCAGGGAGAUCCAGACCGCUGUGCGCCUGCUUCUGCCGGGGGAGUUGGCCAAACACGCUGUGUCUGAGGGCACCAAGGCCGUCACCAAGUACACCAGCUCCAAGUAAAUCGUUGCUGUGAGACUACCAACACCUAUAACCCAAAGGCUCUUUUAAGAGCCAUCCACUUUCUCAUCCAAAGAGCUCUGAUAUCAUUAACUGUUCUUGCUUAUGUUUUUCAAACUGCAACAAAGUAUUUUUUUUAAAGUGCUUUAGUCUCCGGCGACUUCUGAAAGCAUUUUUAAAAAUUGCGUACGUCCCUUAUCGGGGGGAUGACGACUGAUUUCGCUUUAGUAAAUGGCAUUAAGUCUAUUUAAACUAUACCGGGGUUUCAAAUUGUAAUGAAAAAUGUCGGUGUCCCUCGUCCUCGUUCCUCCCCCCCCCCCCAAGCAAUAGUUCGGUGAGGUGUCACCCCCACGAGAUAUAAAAUGGCUAAACAGUUUGUCCGGUAAACAAAAUUUGAUAUUUUAUCAGAUUACACUGUUCAGUACUCUAAUUGAAGAAUAUUUCUAGAGGUUCGAAUAAAGUUUUGGCUCCAUGAAUAUCAUCCUUGGGGGUUUGCCUCAUUGUUUCUAUCAU